AUGAAAACUAUAGUGUUUGUUCUAUUCAUUGUUUGCUUGGCUGCUUGUAUGAGAGUUGUACACUCUGAUACAACACUUCAGUUUGCAAGAAAGCGCAUGUUUAGUCAUGAAAGCACAACCUCCAAUUCUGAUGAUUCUUUCAAUAUUCUUAUUGGAAAGUCAAAGAAUAUUCCUUUCACACCACCAACCAUGCAUCCAUACGAAACUAUUCAGCAAUUGCAUCGUGUAAGAGAAGAGGAUCCAUACUCCUUCUCCACUGAGCACUAUUCACACUCUGAAGUUGUUUCAAGAAAACUAAUCCAACAACACGAAACCAAUUCUAACAUAAGAAAUGUUAGAAAGCUAUUCGUAGAAGGUGUAGAUUAUGUAUCAUUGAAUGAACAUGCCAACUUCAUCCAAGAUGGAUCACUUCAUUCAUAUUCCUUUGAGGCAAACAUGUUGACAGGUGUCGCCUUUCUUGAUCAAGAAGAAAGUGUAUGGGAUGUCAAAUGUGGUAAAGAAGAUGGUUCUAUUCAAGUUGAUUUUGCUAAUGGACACUUUACUGCUCGUAAGUGGAUUCCAGGUACUCGUAUGGUUAUUGGUAAGAAGUGGAAUUGUUUUGGCAGCUCCACAAUUGACCAAUAUGGCAAAGAAGAUCAACUCGCAUUCCUUGUCUUGUCUAGAUCAAUCUUAUUAGAACAAGGAGAAAUGGUCAAGAUCAGUUUCAAUGUUAGAAUGUUAAAGACUAACGAACUCUUCUUGAAUGGUCAACUUUCAUACAAGUCAACUCCUGUUGCCAGAGAAACUGACAAGAAUUUCACUUCCCUCUACUCAACUGAUGCAAAGAAGAAUUCUCGUUCUUCAUGGACACAACGACUCUACGCUGUUGGUUUCAACUAUGAUGUCAAUACAGGUUCUGUCAAACAAGAAUCUCUUCCUCUUUAUUCAACUUCAACCAGUUAUGGAGAUUUCAAGGUUGUUUGUGAAAAGUGUUAUGUCUACAUGAAUGCAGAGUUUAGAGUUGAAUUUGAAUGGUCAUGGCUCUCAAUCACUAAAGCACAAGCAUUGAUUGGUGGUAAGAUUGAAGGUGAUGCAACACUCAAAGCAUCUUUAAGCAAAAGUUUAAGUUAUUCUAAAGGUGAUAUUCUAGCAACACUUUCAACCAUCAAUUUCAAGUUUAAUAUUUAUGGUAUCCCUGUCUGGGUCGAUAUUGUUCCAAAAUUGGCCUACAGCUUUGAUAUUCAAGCUUCUGGUCUAUUGGAAUAUAGUAGAAACUUUAAGGCGAGCUAUGAACAAUACUUUGGUUAUCAAUAUGCUUCUGGUACUGGUUAUGGACCUGUUAGAACUGGAGCAGGUUUCGAAUGGUCAUCCAGCUCUCCUGGUUUAAGAUUAGAAGCUUCUUCUACCACUACAUUUUCUCUUUAUCCUGUUUUUGACAUUACAAUCUGGAGUUUGGUUACAACAACUGUUGCAAUCAAACCCAAGUUGAUUGCUGAACUCUCUGCUCAAGCAUUAGCCGCAUCCCUAUCAGAGUAUCAAUUAUUUGGUAAGGUAGAAUCUUCCUAUCAAGUCGAUGUUACCAUCAACAAUGAAAUUCUCAAAGUUGACAAAGAAUUGACUUUCAUUCAAAAGACAGCUAUUCCAUUAUUGAGUGGAAGUUAUUCUUUACAAAGUUCUUCAUACAAAGCAGUAGAUAGCAAUUCUGUCUACUCACCUGGAAAUGCUAUCCCUUCACUGAAAGGUAUUAGUGAUAUGGUUAGCUUUUACUUUGAAAUUAAAAUUGCACCAAGUGAUAACUAUUACUUCAUCGAAUACUCAACUGGUACAUCUCCACCAAGUGGUUACAAAUACUCAACUGACUCAAUUAAUUGUAAAUUUGGAUGUACCUUUACAUUCACUCCAAACUAUUAUAUUAGUGUGAAGAUAAUUGAAGAUCAUUGGUGGUCUAAUAUUGACAUUUUGGUUAAGAUUUUUAAUUUGUCAAAUGUUUAUGGUAGUGCACCAACAGUUACAACUAAAAUAUUUGAAAGUGGAAUUGUCUCUGCAUAUAUUCAUAUUACUGAUAGAGUUGUCAGAUUUAGGGAUGUACCAACAGGUUCUUAUCAAAUAGGAACAACUACGACAUUUGACUUUGACCACCAAAAGACCUUCCUUGACAAUAACUUUGUGGCAUUUAGAUCUGAUCGUUCUAUCACAGGUCUUCCAUUCCAAUUUAUUCCCUUGAUUGAAAAUGGUUACUAUUAUUACUAUUCUCAAAAUGCUCCAAGAAACUUUACUAUUUAUGGAUAUUCUGGAGCUAAUAUCAACUUUGUAAAUGCAAUUGCCUAUAGAAUGGUGUAUCCAAAAACAACUGUCAGAUUGUCUGAGAUUAUUCGUGAUACAAUGAGUUUGAAUACAUUUGUGCAAGCUGUUGAAACAGUUUCGAAUAGAUAUGUGGUAACUCUGCAAGCCAAAGGAAGUUUUGACAUUCUCGUAUACGAAGGUUGGAUUUCCAAUUACAAUAUUUACCAAACCAAGGGCAAGAAGUACCAGUAUAUCGAAACACAAACUGGAAAUGUUGAAAUCUUACCAUCCAGAAUUCAUCAUUUCACAUUCUCAUUGGAAAAUAAUUAUGGAAAUAGCAUUCCAAAGAUUCAAAUUGUUGUAGCUCAAUUGGUUCCUAUUAAUCAAGUAAUAAUUGAAUCUAUUAGAUUUGAUCCAUAUAUGGCCUCUCAGUUGACUAGUUCGAGUUUAUCUACAAAUGUGUUGAUUGAACAACAAGUUGCAAAGAAUUCCAUUUUCCCAUAUGUUAAACUUUCAUCCACCAAGUCAGCUAAGGUUUCUUUCUCAAAUUCUAUUGAUGAAUCAUUGAAUAUGAAUAGUGGUUUAUACUCAAUUGGAAGUUCACCAAUUUCAAUUCCAAUUCCAUCGACUUUUGACACUUUUUACUUGUCACCUAAUAGAACAAGCUCAGAAUCUGUAAAUGUUAACUUGAUUCACAAUCACAAACUCUUAAAUGGUAUCCCUUCAUUGGUCAAGAAAUUGGCCUCAUCAGAAGUUGGUGCCUUUGCAAUUCCAUGUUCUAGCUCAAUUGACUGGAAUAACCUCUUUUUAAGAGUAAUUGAUUCAACUAAUGGUAAAGUUGUCCAAUUGGAUUGGGUUAAAGCACAUGUCAUGUCCAAUAAUGCAGAGGUUUUAGCCACAUUAGAAACUGUCAUUCUUUCUGAUGGUGCAAUUUUGAUUUCACCAAUUGCAACAAUUAAUUCUCUUUGUAAAGUUGACACUUCUAAUAGAUAUAUUCAAUUAACCAUUGAAAGCACUUUAGCCAUUACAAGACAAUUAGAAAUUGCUCAAAGUCUUGAUUACUCUAAAAUUAAUACAAGAGCCAUUGGUCAACUCACAAUUGAUCCAGAAGUGUCUGGAAAUAUGUACAUUGACAUUGCUUACGAAAAAUACUACAAGUAUGAAUUGAAUAACGUUAAGGGUCUUAUCUUCCAAGUUACCACCCAGGAUGAUUGUAAUAUUGAUCUGUAUGUCAAUAAGAAGGGUCAAGUUGCUUCUCCUUCUUUCUCAGAUUCGAAUUCAAUUUAUGCUUCUAGUAGUUCAUUAUCUUUGAAGGGAGAGAAGAUGUCUAUUUCAUUACUUUCUCAACAUGGAUCCAUUAUCAUGUUAUACUCUGAUAGAAAAUGUAGAUUUACAAUGUCUACAUUGGAAUUGAAGGCUACUCAACUUUCUUUAAGUUUCAUCACAAAUGGUCAACCUUCAACUUUUACAUCUUCAUUCUCAACAUCUGAAACUACUUUAAUUCAUGUCAAGAUAUUGGAUGAUAAUCACGCCUGGGAUAAGAACUUUAUAAGCAAUAUCACAACUCAGUCUUCUGCUGCUAAUUUCAAUUUGUUUAGAAUGAGUUCUUCAAGCUUGACAACUUUCUUCUCUUCGGUCAACUUUGUUUUGGUAAACCAACAAACUUUGGCUUUUGAAUUUGUUCCAAAAGUGAAUGCACCUGUUGCCAAUUUGAAGAAUGAAACUAUUACCUUCAAGGCAGAAUCCUCAAUGUUUGACACUAAAUAUGACAUUCAACCAUAUAAUCAAUUAACAGUUGGAAAUGCAACACAACCAAUUCAACCAUCUGCUUCAUUCGGUAAUUCAACUCAACCAAAGACAAAUGAUGUUAACAGCAUUGGUUAUGUCAAUUAUUUGUUUAUGUUCUAUUGUAUCUUUGCAGUUAUUUCUUCUCUUUAG